AUGUCGAUGAACAGCUUGUUACCGCUGUUCACUGUGAGUUUGUCUUCCGGUAAGACCGCGCUGUACCUGUGCACUUUACUCUGCAGCUGCUUGACUUUUCUGGUGAUCCGGCAGCUGCUGCGGCAGCGGAGACCGCGCGGCUUCCCCCCGGGACCGGCCGCCCUGCCCGUGCUCGGGAACAUUCUGUCUCUCGCCACCGAGCCGCACGUCUACAUGAAGAUGCAAAGCGAAAUAUACGGCCAGAUCUUUAGUCUCGACUUGGGAGGAAUAUCAACCGUCAUUCUAAACGGCUAUGAUGUCAUCAAAGAAUGUCUGUAUCAUCAGAAUGAAGUGUUUGCAGAUAGGCCAUCUCUACCUUUAUUCCAGAAAAUGACCAAAAUGGGAGGACUUCUCAACUGCAAAUAUGGUCCUGGAUGGAUUGAGCACCGCAAGCUGGCUGUUAACAGCUUCCGCUAUUUUGGCAGUGGACAGAUGAUGUUUCAGAGGAUAUCUGAAGAGUGCAUGUUCUUUGUAGAUGCCAUUGACCAGUACAAAGGAAAACCUUUUGACCCAAAACAUCUGGUUACCAACGCAGUCUCCAAUGUUACUAACCUUGUAAUAUUCGGACAGCGAUUCACCUACGAUGACCUUGACUUCCAGCACAUGAUUGAAAUCUUCAGCGAGAAUGUGGAGCUGGCUGCUAGUGCCUGGGCUUUCCUCUACAAUGCCUUCCCCUGGCUUGAAUACCUGCCCUUUGGGAAGCACCAAAGGCUCUUUCGCAAUGCUGAUGAGGUGUAUGUUUUUCUGCAACAGAUAAUCGAGUGCUUUUCACAGGGGAGAGUACGGCAAUUGCCAAGACAUUACAUUGAUACCUACUUGGAUGAAAUGGAACAGAGUGCUAGGGACAAGAGCAUGUCCUUCUCCAAAGAGAACCUCAUCUUCUCAGUAGGUGAACUUAUUAUUGCAGGCACAGAGACCAGUACUAAUACCCUGCGUUGGGCCAUGCUCUACUUGGCACUCUAUCCCAGCAUACAAGAUAAGGUUCAGAGGGAAAUUGACUCCAUCUUAAAUGGCAAGUUACCAACCCUGGAAGACAAGCAGAAAAUGCCUUAUGUGGAAGCAGUGUUGCAUGAAAUCCUGCGCUUCUGCAACAUUGUUCCUCUUGGCAUCUUCCGGGCCACUUCUCAGGAUGCUGUUGUGAGAGGAUACACCAUCCCCCAAGGGACCAUGGUCAUCACCAACCUGUAUUCUGUGCACUUUGAUGAGAAAUACUGGAGCAACCCUGCUAGCUUCUGCCCUGAAAGGUUUCUGGACAAAAAUGGGAACUUCAUCAAACGGGAGGCCUUUCUUCCUUUCUCAUUGGGCAGACGCCAAUGUCUUGGUGAGCAGUUGGCUAGAAUGGAGAUGUUCCUUUUUUUCACCACGUUGCUCCAGAGGUUUCAUCUGCAGUUUCCCAAAGGCUACAUUCCAAGCAUCACUCCUAAACUUGGCAUGACCCUGCAGCCACAGCCUUAUACCAUAUGUGCUAUCAGAAGACAGCAAAGAAACCCAGCAUCUGGAGAGGAAAGAGCAAAGAGUCAACUGUUUGCUUCAGGCUCCUCCCCUAGUUCUUUUUCUCAGCCAAUUGGCUCAACUUAA